AUGGCAGGGGGCGUACGGCAUGUAGUCCAGGCUAGGGCCUUCGGUACCACACGGGCGAAUCGUUUCGCAGAUAUCGAAGAGUCCUUCGACCCGAAAUCUGUCGAACGUGAAAGCGACGAAGUCGACGUGUGUAUCGUAGGAGGGGGUCCCGCUGGGCUGAGCGCUGCGAUUCGUCUGAAACAACUGGCAAAUGCGAACGGCAACGAAGACUUCCGGGUCCUUCUGCUCGAAAAAGCUGGGGAAAUCGGGGCCCAUAUUCUCUCGGGUGCCGUCAUCCAACCCACCGGGAUUCAAGAGCUACUUCCGGACUGGUUGGACGAAGCCAACGAGAAUCGCUUCGAACAUGCAACCCCGGCCACCAGCGAGAAGAUGCGCUUCCUUACCAAGAGCAAGGCCGUGUGGGUCCCGACGCCUCCGCAGAUGCAAAAUCACGGCAACUACAUUGUCAGUCUGAAUCAAUUCACCAAGUGGCUGGGCGAACGCGCAGAAGAGGUUGGCGUUGAGGUCUACCCUGGAUUCGCUGCGGCCGAAGUUUUGUAUAAGCCCGAUGGAUCGGUCCACGGCGUGGCAACCAAUGAUCUGGGCAUCGGACGAGAUGGAAAGCCCAAGGAUAGCUUCGAACGCGGCAUGGAGUUCCACGCCAAAGUCACCAUGUUCGGCGAAGGAUGCCACGGUAGUUUAACCAAGCAAGUUGUCAAAAAGUUCGAUCUGAGGAGAGACAGCCAACAUCAGACUUACGCUUUAGGUCUCAAGGAAGUCUGGGAAGUUGCGCCCGAAAAGUUCGACAAAGGGCUAGUCGCCCACUCUUUAGGAUAUCCCCUUCCUGCCGACACCUAUGGCGGUGGGUGGAUGUACCACUUCGGGGACAAUCUUGUUAGCAUUGGGCUCGUGGUUGCUCUCGACUACUCGAACCCGUGGCUAUCGCCGUAUGGCGAGUUUCAAAAAAUGAAACAUCACCCGAUGUACAAGACCGUCCUCGAGGGUGGAAAGUGCAUCUCGUACGGCGCAAGAGCUUUGGUUGAGGGUGGGUUCCAGUCCAUACCAAAGGUCGCAUUCCCUGGCGGUGCCUUAAUCGGAGACUCCGCCGGAUUCAUCAAUGUCCCCAAAGUCAAGGGCACACACAACGCAAUGAAGUCAGGAAUCCUGGCUGCUGAGGCGGCCUGGGACGCGCUCCAGGGUGAUACGGAAGGAUCCGUCUUCCUUUAUCAGUACGAAGAAUCAUUACGAAAGUCAAGUAUAUGGAAAGAAUUGAAAGAAGUUCGAAACAUACGGCCAUCAUUCCAUACGCCUCUGGGAUUGUACGGCGGCAUGAUGUACUCGGGGCUCGAGGCAUUCGUCCUCAAGGGGAGAGUUCCGUGGACCCUAAAACACAAAACAGAGGACCACGCGGCCACGAAACACGCAGAUUCGUGUACUAAGAUCGAAUACCCGAAGCCAGACGGGAAGGUUUCAUUUGACAUACUGACCAGCGUCUCCCGAACGGGCACAAACCACGAGGAAGACCAACCAGUACAUCUCCAAGUCAAAGACUGGGAUGCCCACACCACAGACACGUGGCCCAGAUUUAAAGGUGUCGAGAACCGAUUCUGCCCUGCGGGUGUCUACGAAUAUGUUGAGGAUGAGUCCAAGCCACUACGAGUGCGUUUCCAGAUCAAUGCCCAAAACUGCAUUCACUGCAAAACGUGUGAUAUCAAGGCACCGAACCAAGAUAUCAACUGGGCCGUUCCUCAAGGUGCGGAGGGACCUAAAUACUACAUGACGUAG